AUGGCACCCACCAAGAAUGAUGAAACUGCUAAGAAAACAAACAACAGAGGAGCAUGGACCGCGGAGGAAGAUCAGAAGCUAGCCCAGUGCAUUGAAAUUCACGGUGCAAAGAGAUGGAAAACUGUUGCAAUUAAAUCAGGUCUAAACAGAUGUGGAAAAAGUUGUAGGCUAAGAUGGUUAAACUAUCUGAGACCCAAUAUCAAGAGGGGCAACAUAUCAGUUGAAGAAGAGGAUUUGAUUAUUAGGCUUCACAAACUGCUGGGAAACAGGUGGUCAUUGAUAGCUAAGAGGCUUCCAGGACGAACCGACAACGAAAUUAAGAACUACUGGAAUACUUGUUUGUGCAAAAAACUUAAUCGCACAAAGGUGAAGCCUGAAACUUCAACAGCACAAGCAACACAUACGACUCGGAGUACUGAGGAAAGAGCAGCGGUAGAGAAUAAAGAGCGCAUUGAUGAUGGGAGUGGGGACUCAGAAGUUAACUUUGAUGUGAACGAAUUCUUCAACUUCUCCAUUGAAGGACCCUUUGCGUUAGAUUGGAUGAUCUAGAACUUGAUGAGGACUUGUUGUGUGUCUCUUAAUUUCUUAGUUUUGAGCUUGUGUUUAUAUACUUGUUAUGUGGUCAUUAUAAUUGAGUCCUAGCAAUACAUGCGUGAGUUCCAUUAAAUAAUUUGAACUCUCAUCAUUGUAUUUAGUGGAACUUACAUAUAUAUCAUUAAGUG